AUGGCAAGAGCCUUGCUCGUGAAGGGAUGCAUCACCGGCAGCGUGGUCGGCAUCACCGUCGCCGACUGGGUCGCCUCCGUCGUCAGCAUGGACGGCGCCUCCAGGCACCCCACCUUCGACCCGCAGCAGGCCGAGCGCGCUCUGGUGGAGAAGCGCUGCCUCUACCGCUACGACUUCUCCCGCGGCGACGUCGUCGUGUUCAGGUCGCCAAGGAACCAUCGUGAGCUGAUGGUGAAGAGGCUGAUUGCGCUGCCUGGGGAUUGGAUCCAGAUCCCGGAGAAGCAGGAGAUCCGGCAGACCCCGGAGGGCCAUUCUGGGUUGAAGGGGACAAUGCCGCCCUCAGCUUUGACUCGAGAUCCUAUGGCCCUGUUCCUAUGGAAAAUGAUAUUGGUUCUAGGAAGCAGUUCACAAGGUGGGCACCCUACACCCUCUGCUCCACCUUUACGAGAUGACAUGCCCUGGGCUUUGGUACCAUCAGGAGUUCAACCAGACCAUGAGAGCCUACAUUUCAUUGAGGAGAAGAUCAGGGGCCUCGAGAAGAUCAGGGAUGAGCUAAAGAUCAAGAAACUGCAAAACGAGCUGAUUGUGGCCAAGAGUGAGCUCAAACAGUCAAUGAGAGUGAUCAAUGGUAGUAAGAAGGUUUUGCUGGAUAGUGCUUUGAAUCAGCUCAAAGCAUACAAGAACCUAGAGGCACUUAGUCAGUAA